AUGGGAGACUUUGCAUUCUUCUCCUCGUCCAUAUCCAACGUUCGCCCUCCAAUUUCCACCACCAAACCCCACGGCGCCACCAUUGACAAUGUAGGUGAAGAUGAUAUGGAAGACAACAACAUUUCCAAGGAAUUGCUAGGGAGCUAUGAACGCUUACUGCAAAGGCAAUUUCAGAAGCUGAGAUCCAAUGAUCACUACGCCCCCUGGACUGUAAUUUCUUUCGCUUGCCUAUGUUGCUUCUUUGUUUCCAGGGAUGCAUUUCCUGCAAGACCUUUCAUCAUUUUCCAACAUUUGCUCCACUCUGAUUCUGCGAACCACCAAUGGUUUUCUGGCUGUAAUAUGCAGCAUUCUGAUGUAGCAUCUCUAAUGGCAGUUCUUGCCAUGUAUCUUCUAGUUUUGAAGAAGAAAUAUCUAUUCAGUUCAUUGACUGUUAAAACUUUCUUCCAGUGGUUUAUGGCAUUAACUGCUGCCUUCCUUUCUGUGCAAUUUUUCAGCAUGGUGCACCCGUUUCUCAUUGCUGACAACCGACUCUAA